AUGAUGAAUACCCGCGCAACGCGGUCACGUGGCCCUGCAUCAUGGGACACGCAUAUACCCACCCUUAACAGCAACAGAAAGAACACAACUGAGAGCUUACAAUCCCCCAUCCACUUCAUUGCAUCACACAGUCACCCACACAUCGAAUUUGUCUCGCCUCACAUUAACCACCCAUCCAACCCAAACAUUCCAUUCCCUGAUCAAAUCAAAAUCAAGGACUCCACUGACGGACUUAAGCGCGACGAAUACCGCGACAAAGUCCUAUCCGAAAUCAGCGUACUGGAAGAGUGUCAUGCCAGCUUUCUUGGCUACUCAGAUGGGCACGCGGCGGUGUCCAAUGGCAUUCGGAAAGUCGGCGUCGGCUACGUUAUACGUGCCGGAAAAAGGACUAUGUCAUCGUCGUCAGUUGGAAUUGGACCGCGAGCCAACAUUUAUGAUGCAGAAAUGCUGGGAAUAUUAUUAGCGUUCAUGAAAGCUAAACAAAUAGCCGAAAACCAAGGUUAUCGCAAAAUACGCGUAUAUUGCGACAACCAGUCCGCUGUUAAAUCCAUCACCGACCUAUCACGACAUCCGUGCCAGUACACAUCCAGAGCAUUCGUCACCGCCGCCAAGGCAUUCGUGGCGGAACAUCCAGAACGAUCCAUCCACAUCACCUGGGUACCUGGGCACAACGGAAUCGAAGGCAACGAAACAGCGGACCGAUUGGCUAACGAGGGAGCUAGUGUGACUCCAAACCCCAUAUUCAAUCGCACCAUCACAUGGGCGAAAGAACAGGCAACUCGCAAAACCAUACGUUCAUGGAAGAAAGCAUGGUACGAACACUCGGAAUCACGCAUUAACUCGAAAUAUUACAUACCCCGCCCACCCGCACUCAAACUACACCCCAUUUUCAACUCAAGCAAGCUGGGCAGGGACAUCGAGUGCCGCCUCGUACAAUACCUCACCGGACACGGACAUUACGGCGAGUACCAUGCACAAUUCCACCACGACGUAGAUCCCAGAUGCGCCUGCGGGGAGUCGGAGGAGACAAUCUUUCAUUUAACCACCUCCUGUCCCGCUACGGCGGGACACAGGGGGAUACUCAGUCUCGAAGCAGUCGCAAAGUUCAUAGCCAAGACGGGCAUAGGCCGAAGACGAGGAGGCCCGCAGGCAGCCGCUCAAACCAUGUACGCCAAAACAUUCGAGAAAUCAUUACUGAAUCUCUCCCUACUUCUUCCACGUCAAGAACCAGUCCUUCGAACUAUCGGGCUAAGUGUUCCCUCGCCCCGGCCUUCAUCCGAGUUUGAGCAAAUCAUCAACAUGUAUUCUUCUAGAACUUCUCUCGCUCCUACAUAUGGUCACAUAAUUAACGGACAGGAAACUUUCUCUGAAAAGACAACUUCGGUUUUCAACCCGGCCACUGGCUUGCGUCUUGCUGACGUUCCCGUCUUAAGUUCAAGUCAGCUUGAUGAAGCAGUAGAUGCUGCCGAACGAGCCUUCCCCAUGUGGGCAAGCAAGACGUAUGAGCAACGCGGAUCUGUGCUUCUAGAAAUGGCUAUCAUUAUUGAAUCGCGCGUAAACCAAUACAAGGAACUUUUGACGUCCGAGCAGGGUAAACCUCAUCGUGAAGCGCUCUCCGAGAUUAUGGGAGCAGUGCAUUGGUUUCGUGAGGCCGCCUGUCUCAGGUUACCCGAAAUCAUUCACGAGGACAGCCCCAGGCGAAAAGUUAUUACCCACCACGUCCCUCUCGGAGUCACAGCCGCUAUAAUUCCUUGGAAUUAUCCUAUUCUUUUGGCGGUAUGGAAAAUCGCACCUGCUCUACUUGCCGGGAACACGAUCUUGGUUAAGCCAAGCCCAUGGACCCCAUUGACAACCCUUUCUAUCAUCGCCGACUUACAGCGCGCAUUACCACCUGGCGUUCUAAGUGGAAUCAAUGGGGAUGAAGAGCUUGGGCCACUGAUCACUGCCCAUCCGCGAAUAAAAAAGAUUGCGUUUACAGGAUCCAUUCAAACCGGCAAGCUUAUCAUGCAUAGUACUAGUCAUGAUCUCAAAAGAAUCACACUGGAGCUAGGCAAGUAA